CCUCCCUUCACGUUCGUUCCGCGCCUCGCCGACGGCAGCGUCGACGAAGGGGGCGUCUCAGGUUUCGACUUCGAGAUGCUCCUCCAUCUCCAAGAACGUCUCGGCUUCUCGUACAGGCUGAUAUAUUCCUAUGAUGGUAAUUGGGGUUCCCAGCUGGCUAAUGGCACCUGGAAUGGCAUGGUUGGAAUGGUAGCUCGAAAGGAGGCAGACAUGGGUGUGGCUCCCUUCACCGUGACCUUGCAGAGAGAGGAGGCUAUUGACUUCACCUUUCCGUACUUCACCGACCCCGCGGCCAUCCUCACUCCGGCCCCAGUUCGGGUUGACAGAAUCACGGCUUUUCUCGAUCCGUUUGGCUACGAGGUAUGGCUGGCGAUUGCAGUAAGUUUGAUCUUCCUCGGGCCGACCAUGUACCUGUUCACCAGACUCCAAAAAUACCAGUUUAUUUACCCCCACAGCUACCCGGUUGGUCAAGGCAAAAGCACCUCUGUCUUGGGUUAUUACUGGAUGCUCAUUACCGCUUUACUUCAACAAGGCGUGGUAUACCCCAUGAGCACGGCGACGCGGGUGGUAUUCGGUGGGUGGAUCGUGGGCGUGGUGGCUCUCAGCUGCGCCUACACGGGAGUCCUCAUCUCCUUCCUGACGGUGCCGCGGGUCGCAAAGGGCGUGGACUCCCUGCAGGAGCUAGCGCUACAGUCAGAACUGCAGUGGACCUUCAGGCGAGCGUCCGCUUUGGAGAACCUCUUUCUGAACCAGGACGCAAAAGGGGUCUACCGUGCCAUAGGAGCGCCCUUCGCAGAGAGUACCGAGGACCUGGUCACCACAGACUACAACGGCGUCUUGCAGGUCCUCAAGGGAACACAUGCUUUCAUAAAGGAAAAGUCCUACUUGGAUUUCGCGACAGCGGAGGACGCGGCCGUCAGCGGGGAGUGCCGCCUCGCCCUCGCCAGGUCCCACUUCUUCCCCGCUAACUUCGGCUGGGUGCUCCCCGAGGGCGACCCCCUCAAGGUCCUCUUUGAUAAGGAGAUCAUACGAAUGCAGGAGACGGGGCUUUUCGACAAGUGGAAGCAGAAAUUUUGGCCCAAGAAUGACAGGUGCAGAAACAGGAGCCCGGUGUCAUCCACAGAGCCUCUGAGUCUGUUCGACUUCCUCGGCGCCUUCAUGCUGCUCGGAACCGGCAGUUGCUUGGCGCUUGGGAACCGCUGUCGCAGAGUGUUGCAGGAGAUCCGGGAGAAGGUGAAAUUGCAAAUGACCAUUACCUUCAUCAGAUACAAUAAAUUAUGCCCGGGAAGCAAGCGUGGACAAGCUGCCUUUGGCCUCAUUAAGAGAAGAAUAAAAGAUGAAGUCUUCAGUCAAUUAUUCCCAUUAUUCGCGUCAAUGACCUCGACUCGAACGCGGUCUCAAACAACCGUCUCAGUUUGCUUGCAGACGACGCAGAAACACAAACAAACAAUAACAAACGCAGAGAUUCAGACCGUCUGCUUGCAGGAGAUUGCAAAAACAGACAGUCUUUAG